UGGAAUGUUAGCCAAAACAGCUCCCUAGAGAAGCAACGGCUUCCUCUCUCUCUCUCUCUCUCUCUCUCUCUCUCUCUCUCUCUCUCUCUGUCAGACACACUCACUCGCAGAAGAAGACAAGCUCGUUGAUGGCUACCAUGAAGAAAGAGGGGGUUAAGCCCAUGGAAAACAUGACAAACAUGCCCAACAAGGGGGCAUGGACAGCUGAGGAAGAUAGGAAAUUGGCUGAGGUUAUUGCAAUCCAUGGCGCAAGAAAAUGGAAGACAAUUGCAGCCAAAGCAGCUCUCAAUAGGUGUGGUAAGAGUUGCAGGCUAAGAUGGUUGAAUUAUUUAAGACCAAACAUCAAGAGAGGCAACAUUUCUGACCAAGAAGAGGACCUCAUACUUAGGCUUCAUAAACUACUAGGAAACAGGUGGUCACUGAUCGCUGGAAGACUGCCGGGUCGAACAGAUAAUGAGAUUAAGAACUAUUGGAAUUCUCAUUUGAGCAAGAAGAUAAGCCAGAAAGGGAAACAAACUGGAGUUUCAACUAAAGAAGAUCACAGAGUUGAGAAAAAUAUAAUAAAAAACAAUUUGGAUUUGAAAGAAGACAAUAAAUCCAGCCAAAGGGGUGAAGAAGAGUCAAAACUGAAUUUUAACGUGGAUGAUUUCUUUGAUUUCUCCAAUGAAGAUCCCUUGAACCUGGAAUGGAUGAGCCGAUUCCUUGAAAUAGAUAAGGCUUAGAUUUUGGUAUGCCACAACAGUCUGUAAAUCUUGUCCUCUCUCUUGAAUUAUUAGUGUAACUACUAAUUAGUCAUGGGCUAUAUAUUUGACAUUCCUGCUG